UUCCUCUUCUCCUUCACAACAAUAUCUCAAAACUCUUUUCUAUAGUCUAUACAACAUAAAAGAGUUAAUUAUCAUGAUGGCAAAUUCCGAUGAGUUCUUAACAUUAGAUCUCAUCCGCCAACACCUUUUUGAAGACAUCAAUUUUUCAGACUCCUUCUUCGACAACUUGGACGUUUACUUCUCCGAUGCAUCCCCUUCCUCGUCUUCUUCAGACCCAAACCGGCCCGGUUCGGAUUUCCGGUCCGAUUUCUUUGAAGUCGAAGCAAAACCCGAAAUUUGUCCUCCAACGACGGAUAGCAUGUUCGGGUCGGGUCCUGUGAGGCGUUAUCGGGGGGUGAGGAGGAGGCCGUGGGGGAAGUACGCGGCGGAGAUUCGGGACCCGGCCCGGAAAUCGAGCCGGGUGUGGCUGGGGACGUACGAGACGGCGGUGGAUGCGGCGCGGGCGUAUGACUGCGCCGCAUUCAAGAUAAGGGGGAGUAAGGCCAUCUUGAACUUCCCAAUGGACGCCGGGAAAAUGGGGCCGCCGGUGUCGGCCGGACGGAAGAGGAGGAGAGAGAAGCGUGGGGACGCCGGUGGCAAUCAGGCUUCUUGAUUGACAUUUAAAUGCAUCCUACAAAAAGUCAAGCAAGUGAUCAUGUUGAGCAAGAGACCUGUGAAUGUGAUCGAUGUUCAAAUCCAGGAAACUUACUUUUCAAUGUGAGAGAAUAUGAGUGGUACUUACUUUUUUUUAAUUAGUGAGAAGAAAUUAGUGUAUAGUACUAGAAUAAAAAUGCCAACAAAUGCACACAUACUAUAUUAGGUAAGUAUUGUUUUUUCAGAAAUUCUAAGUCUCUAAAUUUACCUUUUACCAGCA